UGCCCCUGCUCUCAGACGUCACCGGCACCACCGGAGAGGCUGGAGCAGACGGCGGGACCUCAGUUGACACCUUGACACAUUUGCAACACACAUACAUCCCCAGACCAUGCCAUAAGAACAACAAACCGGGGACACGCCGCCGCACUGCGAACCCAAGGAGGUCUUCUGUUGCUGCUGCUGCUGCUGCCCGGGAAUGUCCUCCGUGCAGCCACGAACAUGAAGCGCAAGAGCGAGAGGAGAAGAGCCGAGUCGAGGAAAAAGCGCUGUGCAGCUCUCAGCAGCUCAGAGGCGGAGCCAACCUCUGAUGUUUACACUGAUAUAACAGAUCAACUGUAUUUCGCCAUUCUAAAGCAAAAGAUCAAGAGCACAGCUGAUCGACACUGUUUCUGCAUAGAUGAAGAGCUGGCAUAUGAGAACUUCUAUGCGGACUUUGGUCCCCUUAACUUGGCCAUGUUUUAUCGCUUCAGCUGCAAGCUGACAAAGAAGCUCAAGUCUAUUACACUCUCAAGGAAGAAGAUCAUAUUCUACACCUGUGGAGAUCAGAAGAAGCAAGCCAAUGCUGCCUAUCUCAUUGGCUCAUAUGCAGUGAUGAAUCUAGACAUGAUGCCGGAGGAUGCCUACAGUCUGCUUGUGUCAAGGAACUCAACCUAUAUUCCAUUCAGAGAUGCGUCAUUUGGAUCCUGCAUGUACAAUCUGAAUAUCCUAGACUGCCUUCGUGGUGUUCACAAGGCUCUGCAGUACGGCUGGCUCGACUUCUCCAACUUUGACGUGGAAGAAUAUGAGCACUAUGAGAGGGCAGAAAAUGGAGACUUAAACUGGAUCAUUCCAGGAAAGUUCCUUGCGUUCAGCGGGCCUCAUCCAAAGAGCAAAAUAGAGAAUGGGUAUCCUUUACACGCUCCUGAGGCAUACAUCCCAUACUUCAGGAAUCACAACAUCACCGCUGUCAUCAGACUCAACAAAAAGAUGUAUGACGCCAGGCGUUUCACUGAAUCUGGCUUUGAGCACCACGAUCUGUUCUUUGUGGACGGGAGCACGCCAAACGACUCCAUCGUCAGGAAGUUCCUAAACAUCUGUGAGAACGCAGAAGGAGCCAUCGCUGUCCACUGCAAAGCUGGUUUGGGCAGGACUGGCACUCUGAUUGGCUGUUACAUGAUGAAACAUUACGGCCUGAGUGCUGCCGAGGCCAUUGCCUGGAUACGGAUAUGCAGGCCAGGGUCCAUCAUUGGGCCUCAGCAGAACUUUGUUGAAGAUAAGCAGAACAGUCUUUGGGCUGAAGGAGAUGUUUUCCGGGAGAAGAUGCAAAACGAAUGUGAGAAUGGCAAGACGGCUGUAACCAGGAUCCUGUCUGGUGUGGAUGACAUAUCCAUCAACGGGAGCAACAAGAACAGGGCAUCCAAUAAAGAGGAAAUGGACCUGUAUAAUGAUGAUGAGGAGAGGACUGGCCUUACACAGGGUGAUAAACUGCGAGCCCUGAAGAGCAAGAGGCAGGCCAGAUCAUCCUCAGGUUCACUAUCACAAGAAGAGAAUAAAAUCCACACCAGGUCAUCAUCACAGUCCCCAAGCAGGGUCAUAUUGCAGGCCAGUGUUCAGGGCGGCAACCCAUUGGCUCUGUCUGACCAAUCAGACAGCAGGAAGAGGACCAGAUCCUCACUGCCCGCCAGCGGAGGAAGCUCCCUGAGCCACACCAGGCUGGUCAGGUCUCUAGGAAACUUGCAUGUAGUGUCUGGAGACAGGGACCCCAUGUGUUGGGAGCCAUGUGGCAGCCAUAGAGACACAGCCAGUGCUAUGGCCAACACAGGCCCUCUCAUCAACUUAAACAUGGCACAGGUCCACCUGCAGACACACUGUCUCCAGAGGAUGUAAAGCUCGCAGCUCUUUGCAAUCAAUUCGAUUUUCCAGGUUAUGUCAUUCCAUACCCAAAGCUAGAGCUCCUCUGCUCCGGUGAGCCGAUCUGGAAACACUGAGGAACUUCACAUGAAAUCCAACCUCUACACAGCUGUACUAGCAUUUUAAUUAAGUUUGAAACAAACAUUUAACAACUUGAUGUGACAUGUAAAUCAUUUUAUAGACUUUUAUUACAAGUUAUUUUACCCGUAAGGCACUUUUGUUUUAUAUUUUUUACAAAGCAUCAAUACAUACAGAUUUAUAAUCAUUGCCUGGUUGUUCCUACUUAUUGAAGCAUGCUGUAGCAAACUAGCAUGUGAAUCUAAAAGAUAUCAUCCUAAAUGAGCACUGUGCAGCACCUUUUCUACUUCAAAAAUGCGAUAUGUAGAUUCUUUUAGGAGUACGGCCUAAAAACCUGCUCUUGGUCCUAUGAGAAGGCAGUAUACAGGUGGUAGAACAACAAAGUCCAUCACAAGAUACAUACUGUGCUCAUCUGUACCUCCACUCUCCAUACUUGUGAAGCUUUCAGCUACUGUAUUUCAAGACUGUAAAUAAGACUGUCAAUUUGAUAUACUCAGUUUGUAUUUUUUAACUAUUUUGUACUAUGUUUAAAUCAUGCUAUGAAAUAAUUGUAUGGUCCUAACGGGGCUUUGUCCAACUCAUGUUCAUAAUCCACUGAGAACAUUAGCUUAAAGCACAUACUAUAGAAUCAGACUUUUCAAAUUUAACUGUACUGGCUUUUAGUCUUUGUAGCAAAUGCUUAUUAUAACAAGAUGCAUUAAACAGUUUCAAGUU